CCGACACAGCCCUCCGACAGUGCAUGCCUUGCGGCCCCGGGAACAGAGGGAACUGCUUCGGGCCCGGGAUCUGCUGCGGCGCCGAGCUGGGCUGUUACCUGGGCACGGCGGAGACGCGGCGCUGCGCCGAGGAAGACUACCUGCCUUCACCCUGCCAGGCCGGGGGACAGCCCUGCGGCUCCGGGGGCCGCUGCGCCGCGCCCGGGAUCUGCUGCACCGCCGACACGUGCUCCAUGGACUCCGCCUGCCCGGACGAGGGCGGGGACGGGGCUCAGGAGGAGGCGGAGAAGAACCUGACGGUGCUGGACGGCUCGGCGGGAGAUUUGCUCCUCAAGCUCAUGCACUUGGCGAACCGGCAGCAGCAGCAGCAGCAGCAGCAGGGCAAGCAUCCCCUCCUCUGAGCCAGGGCAUGGGGCGACCCCCCCACCCUCACCGACCCCCCCCCUCCCGGCACUGUACAUACGAGACCCAAUAAAAGUCCUCGUGCACUGUG